CGCCUCGCCCGGGCCGCCAUCCGCCACUCGAAUUCCCCUUCCGUCCAUCUCCGACCGCACUCCACCUCCGCGCGCCGACACCAUGGACGCCGGGCACGCAGCGCCACGCGCGCCCUCUCGCGGUCGCGCCAGCGCCAACGCGAGCCCGACCGGCUCCGCGUCUUCCCCGCCCCUCGUCACCCCCGGCGACACAUACCAAGUCGACAGCGAAGGGUUCUCGUCGGACGAGUCUCUCCCGGAGGACGAGUACGAGCUCCUCGUGCAGGAAGCCGACGCGGGCUUCACCGACGCCGAAGUGGCGGCGCUCGUCUCGCGCCUGAAAGAGGACGGGCUCGUCACCUUCCUCCGCACGUACCUCGCGGGCCCGCACACGCUGCGCAAGCUCCUCAUCAGCCUCGGCAUCGUGCCUCCGCGCCACCUCCGCGCCGCGUCGACGCCGGAUAUCCUCCUCCUCCCCUUCGCCAAGGUUGCGCUCUCCCGCAUCCUCCGCCGGCGCACCAAGCUCGCGGCGCACAACAGCGUCGCGGACGCGCUUGCGCUCCUGCGCUCCGCGCGCCGCAUCAUGGUCCUCAGCGGCGCGGGCAUCUCGACGUCGUGCGGUAUCCCCGACUUCCGCUCCGCCACGGGGCUGUACGCGACCCUGCAAGCCGAGGGGAAAUACGAGCUCGACGACCCACAGCAGAUGUUCGACAUCGCAUACUUCCGCGAACACCCCGAGGUGUUCUACUCGUUCGCGAAACAGAUCUACCCAAGCAACUUCGUGCCCUCGCCCUGCCACCGCUGGAUCAAGAUGCUCGAAGACCGCGGCGUCCUCCUCCGCAACUACACCCAGAACAUCGACACGCUCGAGAGCCAGGCCGGCGUCUCCCGCGUCCUCCAGUGCCACGGCUCGUUCGCCACCGCCUCCUGUCUCCGCUGCCGUGCGCGCGUCCCCGGCCACGCGAUAGAAGAGUACAUUAUGGAACAGCGCAUCCCCUUCUGCCCCACGUGCGCCGCGGAGCGCCGCGCGCAGAUCGCCGCGCUCAAGCGCGACAGGAAGGAAAAGGGGAAGGGGAAGUACGACAGCGACAGCGACUCGGACGCGCUCGAUCCGUGGCGCCGCGGCGAGCCGGGCAUCAUCAAGCCUGACAUUACGUUCUUCGGGCAGGCGCUCGACUCGGCGUUCGACGAGUGCCUCUUCCGCGACCGCGAGGAGGUCGACCUCCUCGUGAUUAUUGGUACGAGCCUCAAAGUCGCGCCUGUCAGCGAAGUGUUGUCACAUAUCCCCCACUCCGUCCCGCAGAUCUUCAUCAACCUCACGCCCGUGACGCACGUCCGCCCCGACAUCCUCCUCCUCGGCGACGCCGACAGCAUCGUGUCCUACCUCAGCCACGAGCUCGGAUGGGAGAUCCCGCGCGCCGAGGGCGAGAAGCCGCUCGCUAUCAAGCCCGAAGACGCGGUCUGGGUCUCGGGAGAAGGCGUGCUCUCCCACUUUCACAUGCUGCGCUCACGGGCGGAGCGUGACGCGCUCGCCCUGAGCGGGCAGACUGUCAGGCUGACAGUGAGCGGAGAGUCCGUGUCGGGGAGUGCGAGUGCGAGCGACUCGGAGGAUUCAGAGGCAUCGGGGGAGGGGGAGGAAGCUGAGGUGCGCGAAGAAGGGGCGGGCGGAGACGAGAACGAGGGCGCAGAUGACGAGGGAGAUGGAGGGCUCCGGCCUUCGUCAUCCUCGGCCCGCCCGGCCAAGCGUUCGCGCAUGGGCAGCCCAGCUUCUGGCGAGAGCUCGGGGCCAGCAGAGCAAGCCAAGCGCUCACGCGUAGGCAGCCCAGCCUCUGGCGAGAGCGCGGGGCCAGCAGAGCAGGCGAGACGCUCGCGCGAAGGCAGCCCAGCGUCGGGCAAAAGCGUCGAGGCAGAUCUGCCCAAGCACUCAUGCGCCGCCGAUUGCGCGCUACCGCCCAAGGCGUAACGACAGUGUAUGUCCCUGUGUGUAGCAUAGUCAAUCAGUAGUUCAGCGUGAGCAUGCGCCCAGGAGCCACCGCGAGCUGCCGCGAGCUCAUGGAGAUGCAUUAAGCAGCCAGAGCUGCGUGUAUCACGAGUCGAGAUG